AUGAGGGAUACAGAGUCACUAAAUUGUUCCGUGUACUUGAGUACACGUCAUCCGACAACACACUAUUUCGCUCUUACAUCGCCGAAUUUAUGGCCCAAAAAAUCCACGCUUCCGGCUUUGACAGUUCAAUUAAAGGUAAUACUGAUGCUGAGAACAACUUCAUCAAAGAAUGUGCAGAAAUGUUUAAUAUUAAUAUCGAGCGGGAAAAAAUGGUAA